AUGCUGCGUCCUCAUAAAAUUCGUCGAUUUCCAAUUCAUUCCUUGAAUACAACCAGACCCAUUUUCACAAACGUUCAUUUCGGAAGAAAGCGUAAGGCAUUAAGUCUUGGUUUAAGUAUAGCAGGUCUUGGUCUUGUUGGUUUGGUUGGGUAUGCUUGGAAUCAAGAUCGACACGAAAAAAAGCCAACAAAGACCGGCGUGAGCGUGGAAGGCCCAUGGCACUUUUAUGUAUUGAGUACUUUGCCUUUAAGAACAUUAUCUAGGUGGUGGGGCUACGUGAAUCGAGUGGAAAUUCCUCUGUACUUAAGGAAUCCCGGAUUCCGUCUAUACUCAUGGUUGUUCAACUGCGAUUUGAAAGAAGCUGAAAUACAAGAUUUAAAACAAUAUCGAAAUCUUGCUGAAUUUUUUACACGAAAGCUAAAACCCGGUUGUCGCCCUAUUGAUUCUGGGGCCAUCCUUGUUAGCCCGGCAGAUGGGAAAGUGCUGAAUUACGGAGUCAUCGAGGGAGGUCAUCUGGAGCAAGUCAAGGGAUUAACUUACUCUCUAGAGGCAUUGUUGGGAAAAGAGCAUUUGGCCCGUUUACAAAAAGCCCAUGCUAUUCCUUCGCCAGACCACAUUCCACAUAUAAGCCAAGAGGAAUUCGCUCUUGUAAAUGGUAUAGAGUAUAGUUUACAAGAUUUAAUGGGGCAUGAUAAGGAGCAUUCUCAUAACUCUAUUAAAGAUGCUAGUGCUAACCAAGUCGAUUUGCUGAACUCUACGAAAGUCGCCAUGCGCUCUACAUUUGAUUUCUUGCGCUCUCGGGACCAAAACCUUUUGUAUUACGCCGUCAUUUACUUGGCACCUGGUGAUUAUCAUCGAUUCCAUUCACCCACAGACUGGGUCGUAGAACGAAGACGACACUUUUCUGGGGAAUUAUUUAGUGUUUCGCCCUAUAUGGUAAGUAAGUUGGGAAAUCUUUUCGUUUUGAAUGAAAGAGUCGCUAUGCUUGGGCGCUACAAAUAUGGAUUCAUGAGCAUGAUUCCAGUGGGCGCCACGAAUGUCGGAAGUAUCCGCAUCAACUUUGAUAAAGAACUCUGUACAAAUCAAUUUGGAAAACUGGGUCCUACCGGUACAUACGACGAGGCAGUAUAUACGAAAUCUUCUGCAAUUCUACAUGGACAUCCAUUACUGAGGGGCGAGGAAAUCGGAAAUUUUGAACUAGGAAGUACCGUUGUCCUUGUUUUUGAGGCGCCAGCAAACUUUCAGUUUGACAUCCAACGAGGUCAGGCUGUAAAAGUAGGCCAAUCACUUGGCAACUUAAAACCAGAGCCAUGA